AGGCAAAAUCAAUCUCUCUCCUUCUCCAACGAUCUUUCCUCAGUUUUUGAUUUUCUCUGAACGAUCGAAAUCUCUAUAUAGAUUAAUUUCAUGGAUGCUUCCUUCGUCAAGCGCCUGUGGCACCUGCUUCGCGCCACCUACGUCAUGCUCCUCCGCAAGGGCUUAUCCAAGCACAAACUCCUCGUGAACCUUGACCUCCUCCUCAAACGCAGCAAACUCGCCGGAAAAGCCAUCGGAAACUUCCUCAUCCACCACCACAACCACCGCAAUGCCGUCGGAGCCGACGCCUGCUCCGCCUUCUCCUGCCGCUCCAUUACCAUAGACCCCUCCCUCGCCUUCUACGAGUACUCCAAGGACUUUGAAUUCAGCUGCAGCAAUACCCCCUCCUACCCUUCCUUCUUCCUCCCCGCUUGUCAGCGCCGCCACCACGGCCUCGACUUCGGGUACGACGCCGACGUGGCAGCGGCCAUGGUCAGGGGGCUCGAGACGCUCUCCGCGGAGAUGGCGAUCGCGCCUGACGACGCCGACUCGACCACGGCCACGCCGUCCCCCGUGCUGCUGUCUUGGAGAAACCAGGCGGGCGUCCGGCGGCUGCGAGUAACGGACUCGCCGUUCCCAGUGAUCAGGGAGGGGAAGGACGAUGGCGGCAAGGUGGAUCGGCGGGCGGAGGAGUUCAUUAAGGAGUUCUACGAACAACUCCGCCUGCAAAAAAGCGUGCCAGGGAAGCCGGAGGAUGGAGGACGCCGUCGGAAAACGGCAUAACGACCUUGCGGCCGAUCUCGAUCUGUUAACUAAAUACUUGUUACUUCACUUCUGCUUUCAGUACUCUGCUCUUCCCUGUUUAAGUAUUGGUAAUACUUCAAAAAAAACAAAAAAUGGUAAUUAGUUUGACA